CAUACAUAUUCGCCGCCAUCAUGACACCCACCACCGACGUGCUCAAGAUCGCAGCAUUCUCCUGCGGCAAUGCCGGCGGCAACCCUGCCGGAGUGUGGAUUGGAGCGGAGCUACCACCCGCUUUGGAGAUGGCGCGAGUCGCUGCGCAAGUUGGGUUCUCGGAAACGGUGUUUGCUGCCCCGACUGGCGAUGGUCCGACGUCUUGGCGUGUGCGGUACUUUUCUCCUGAGUCGGAGGUACCAUUCUGCGGCCAUGCUACGAUUGCCCUUGGCGCGGCGUUGGCCCAUCAGCACGGAGAUGGCGUUUAUACGUUGGCGUUGAACCAUGCCACCAUCACGGUGGAAGGACGGUCGACCAAUGAAGGCAGCUGCGUCGCGCUGCAAUCGCCCCCUACGCAUAGCAAACUCGCCCCCAUCGGUGUAGUGAACGAUGCAUUGGCUCUAUUUGGCCUCAGCGAUGACGAUCUCGACAAAACGCUUCCACCAGGCCUGGCAAACGGAGGUGCAGACCACUUGAUAUUGGCCCUCCGCUCCCGGGCGGCGCUGGCUGCCAUGAAGUACGACCUCGAAUGCGGGCGUAAAUUCAUGAACGCCUUGGGCUUGGUCACGAUUGUGCUUGUGUACGCCGAGUCGGCCCAGCGAUUCCACACCCGCAACCCUUUUGCUUCUGGUGGCGUUUAUGAAGAUCCGGCGACUGGGGCCGCGACGGCCGCGCUGGCGGGGUACUUGCGGGAUUUGAACUGGCCACACGGCGGUGCGAUCGAUAUCCUUCAGGGUGACGAUAUGGGCGCUCCAUCUCGCCUGCGAGCGGAAUUCACGGACGUGCGUGGCAGCUCCAUUCGGGUGUCUGGGACAGCGCGAAUCAUGACAGACGCUUAGCGGCCGUCCCGUGAAUGUGCUACACGCGCAUGUUUGAAAAAACUUAAGGUAGUGGCGAAGUGUUCCGCAUGAAUCGAGCAUGUGCAAAGUUACGAGAUGCUUUUCAGUUGUCGUGAUCAGCUUAGUGUACUCGACAGAGAAUUGAAACUCGAGCAUUCAUCCCUCUUUACAUGAAACUACGC